AUGAAAUGUUCGCUGCUUUAUGCGACAGUUUUGAUCUGUUCCUUGUUGGUAAUUUAUUGUGUGAUCAACAAAUCAGAACAUGGAGCUUCCAGUAUCUUUCUGCAGAUGUGCUCACCGACGAAGAAUGACUUUCCUGAGAACAAAGAGUCCAUCCAAAAAGCAGAAGUGCCAACCACACUCAGUUCCUCAGCAGAAGAUCUUUUCAAACUGUACGAUGGAGUGGAGACGUUUGUGAUGUUCAUUGGAUACCCCCGCAGCAGCCACAGCCUAGUGGCUGCCAUCUUAGAUGCACAUCCAGAAAUCAUCAUUGCUAAUGAAUACCACGUGCUUCGAACUUGGGAGGGAAAAUUCCGCUCUUCAAAAGAGGUUGAGAGAAGCUUUAAGAAAUAUCAACUGUUUUAUGACCUUCAUGAACUUUCGGUGAGAGACGCUACAUUUGGCCGUCGUGCCAACAACUCCCUUUUGAACGUCAGGUAUAGCUACCAAGUGCCCGGCUUAUGGCAAGGAAGAUAUUUUAAAGGAAUAAAGGUAAUUGGCGACAAAAAGGGCGGUGGUACAGCAAAUGCUUUAAGGAAUAAAAAUCACUGGAGUGUCCUCUAUGAAAUUCAAGAAGUUCUCCAGAUACCGAUAAAAUUCAUUCACGUCAUCAGAAACCCCUUUGACAACAUAGCAACCAUCAUGCUCCGCGCUACAGAGUCACGUGACGUCGUAAAAGAAGAUGGAGUAAUGGUAAAUAUGACAGAGGAACUUGAUUUAGCCAUUAAGUCAUAUUUCAGCUUAGCGGCUGCAAACCAACGCAUUAGGGAACGUUACGGGAAUGCUGUCAUCGAUAUUCAAGGGCACAACACAGUGCUGAAACCCAGAGAAACGUUGCAGAGGUUAUGCGAUCAUCUAGGAGUUACUUGUUCUGAGGAUUACUUUGAAAAAUGUAGUAGUAUUCUUUUUGGAGUUCCUUCUGUUACAAGAGACAAAGUGGUGUGGACCAAAGAGCAAAAGGAGCAAGUCACAAAACAGAUAAAGAAUUUCUCUUUUUUAAAGGAAUAUUCAUUCGAUGAAUAUCCCAAGUAACGUUUGC